AUGAGCGAUACGAAACCCAGAGCAGGAGGAAACGUGAUUUACAGCGUCAGUUCGUGGCGUCUUGGUGACGAUGGAUCGAUUCAUCGACGGGGUCGACUCAAGUAUCCAACGGGUGAUGUUUAUGAUGGCGAGUGGGCUGAUGGCAAGUGUCAUGGCCAAGGAGCUCUCACCUUUGGGUCGGGUGGAGGUUACACUGGAGAGUUUGUCAACAACUUGUAUGAAGGAUUCGGUGUGCUGCGUAUCCCCAAAUCUCAACAUCCGCUGACCAAGACAUGGCGACGUGGAGAAAAGUACGAAGGAGAUUUCGUACGUGGACUCAAGCAUGGACAUGGCACUUGGCAAACGCGAAGUGGAGACCAGUACGAUGGCAAGCUGAAGAAAGGACUUUACGACGGUAAAGGCGUCUGUGUGUAUGGAACUACGGGUGAUGUGUACGACGGCGAGUUCGUUCGAGGUUUGCGCCAUGGAAGUGGAGAGCUGCGUUAUCGAAACGGGUCAGUUUACAGCGGAGGCUUCCGCUUUGACAACUUCCACGGCUUUGGACGUAUGUCGUAUGGACCUGGAGGUGUCCAUGGCUCUUAUGUAGGCGACUUUGUGGAUGGUAAGCGACAUGGACAAGGUGUACGUGUGUACGGAAGAGGUGAAGAGAAGGAGAAUAGACGACGAUAUGAAGGUGCGUGGGAGGACGAUGAACCGCACGGAACGGGUGUUCUUGAAUGCGAUGGACGUACUGCUGUGGGGAUAUUUGAACGUGGCUUGCAGAACGGUCCAGGAGCGAUACGAUAUGCGAAUGGAGACACAUACGACGGUGUCUUUGAAAGAGGAGAUCUUCAUGGCGAAGGACGCUUUGUGUAUCGAGAUGGAGGCGUGUAUGAUGGCACACUCGUACGCUCUAAGCGGCACGGUAAAGGCACUCGAGUGUUCUCCAAUGGCGAUCGAUAUGAAGGCGAUUGGGUGGACGAUCAGAUGCAUGGCCGAGGAGUUCACACCAGCAAGAUCAUUGUGAAACCUCGAGGUAAAGCCAAGAAGAACGGUGGCAUUGGACUUGUACUAUACGAUGGAGACUACUACAAUGGUCACCAGACAGGUGAAGCUAGCAUCAUCUACGAGUUCAAGCCGCAGACCGAAGAACGACCAGAGACGGAGGAAGAACGAACGAACUGGGAAUGGAAGGGCGAGUUUGAGUUCCCUCAAGGCUCCGGCUGUUGGCAUCGUGGUCGAGGGAAAACAACGUACAAAGGUGGAGUUGUACGUGGUCGCUUCCAUGGCCAGGGUUGUUUGCGCUCUCCUGAUGGGAAAUUAUGGCGUGGUGAAUGGGUACAUGGCCAGCUUCAUGGUCGCGGUGAACGUGUGUAUCUCCCGCUGGAGUUCGACAUUCUCAUGGCGAACGAAAUACUUGAAAAAGGCAGCUCAAACUUAAUUAACAUGCGGAUGGGACUCUAUGACGUCGUACAGUAUGUUGGUGAGUUUGUGAGGAAUGUUCGCCAUGGCGAAGGCGAGCUGCUGUACUCAGAUGGAUCUCGUCUUCGAGGACAGUUUGUGAACGGAUUUGUCGAAGGCGUAGCGUGUUGUGGACUCGGUAAACGAGGUGGAUGGAGAUAUGGCGAGUUUGUUCGUGGUGAACGCAAACGUUGGCUCAAUGAAGACGAAGAGAACGAGAUACUGAAGAGAACACACGACCAAGAAGCUGCUGAAUCACGCAAACAAAGCCUCAUAAUGAUGAUGGCGAGGUGA